AUGCAAGGGAAAUUGUUUGGGGAUCUUCCCCGAAGGCGGCAGCCACGAUCGGACCGACCUGUUACCACUGAAAGCUGGUGUGGCGGUCAUCGCGCUCGAAGCGCAUCGCUUACAUCAUUUGAAUGUUCCCAUCGUCCCUGUGGGCUUGAACUACUUCCGUGGACAUCAGUUGCGUGCCGGUCUGAAGUGAGGUCAUGGAGUUUGGAGCGCCCAUCAUGCCGCUCGGAGAUCCACGCGUCCUACGAGACCAAACGCCGUGAGGCCACGGAGGAGCUGCUGAACCUGGUGGCCGCGGCGAUGCGCAGUGUGAUCAUCCCCACUGAGGACUACAAGACCUUACAGCAAAUCUUUAUGGUGCGCCGCCUUUGGGUGAAGGAGGGCUCCAAGUUGAGCCCAUCCAAGGCGAUGGACCUGAACCGACGCUUCGCCGUGGGCGUGCACCGGAUCCUGCGCCUGGCGGAGCGCGCCAAGGGCGCGGCCUCGGUGCUCACCAGCAACGAGUUGGAGCAGGAUCAGGACAGUGAAAACCAGGAGCCCCUCAAAGAAGCUGAGCUCCAAGAGUUCGAGGAGCUGCGCGCAGAGCUGGAAGUGUACAUGCAGACACUCAAGAGAUUAGGCAUUCGAGAUCAUCAGGUGCCACAACUUGUGUGGUGGACCAUGGGAGACUUGAUGGGCCGCUUCAUGUAUCUUCUGGUGACGUUGGCCUUAGGAGUGAUCCCCAACCUCAUGUUUAACUUUCCCAUCAUGAUUGUCGCCAGCCGCUUCGCCGUGGCGGAGCAGAAGAAGUCGUUGAAGUCCUCCAGUGUGAAGUUGGCGGCGCGCGACGUGGUGACUUGGAUGGUGUAA